UCUACAGGCAAGAUGACCAGUCUCACUGCUAAGGACAAGCAAACCGUCAGGGCCUUCUGGGCUAAAGUGUCUGGAAAGGCUGAGGACAUCGGCAAAGAUGCUCUGAACAGGAUGCUGAUCGUGUACCCUCAGACCAAGACUUACUUCGCCCACUGGAAGGACCUGAGCCCCGGCUCUGCCCCGGUGAGGAAGCACGGAAUCACCGUGAUGUCUGGAGUCGCUGAUGCUGUGACCAAGAUCGACGACCUGAAAGGAGGUCUCCUGAACCUCAGUGAGCUGCAUGCCUUCACUUUGAGGAUUGACCCUGCCAAUUUCAAGAUUCUGUCCCACAACAUCCUUGUGGUCAUGGCCAUCAUGUUCCCCAACGACUUCACCCCUGAGGUCCAUGUGUCUAUGGACAAGUUCCUGGCUUGUCUGGCUCUGGCCCUGGCUGAGAAAUACCGAUAAACAGCAGAAGAUGACGGAGACUGCAGCAUGAGUUCA